UGGGAGCGGGUGGCGGAGGCGGCGGGAGCGGAGCCCGGAGCGCCAGGGAAAGCAUUGGACACUUUUUCACCAUGUUGACAGCAUUUUAAAUGUAUUUGUCAAUUUUCCUAAAUUUUAACUGAAGAAAACUUGAAGAGUUUAUACUUGAGGACUAAAGAGUGGCUGCCAGUUAUCAGAAGCUCAGAAUGGAACCAAGAGGGACUCCAGAGAUUAUCUAGUCUGUCUGAUUUCAGCAGCGAGGAAACGGCGCCAGAGCAACUGGGUCAUCCUUUCCCCGCAAGGUCUGGAGCUGUUCAGUGCAGAGCUGAGACUGCAGGCUUUCAGGAUGAAUCUGGAAAAACUCAGCAAGCCUGAACUCCUGACACUGUUCAGUAUUCUUGAAGGAGAGCUUGAAGCCAGGGACCUUGUUAUAGAAGCUUUAAAGGCCCAACACAGAGAUACUUUCAUUGAAGAACGCUAUGGAAAAUACAACAUCAGCGAUCCUUUAAUGGCUCUGCAGAGAGACUUUGAAACACUGAAGGAGAAAAAUGAGGGCGAGAAGCAGCCGGUCUGCACAAACCCACUGUCGAUUCUUAAGGUGGUGAUGAAGCAGUGUAAGAACAUGCAGGAACGGAUGCUGUCCCAGCUGGCUGCUGCCGAGAGUAGGCACCGAAAGGUGAUCCUCGACCUCGAGGAAGAAAGGCAAAGGCAUGCACAGGACACAGCAGAAGGAGAUGAUGUCACCUACAUGCUGGAGAAGGAGAGAGAGCGACUAACCCAACAGCUGGAAUUUGAAAAGUCCCAAGUGAAGAAGUUUGAAAAGGAGCAGAAGAAGCUGUCGGGUCAGCUGGAAGAGGAGCGCGCCCGCCACAAGCAGCUCUCGUCCAUGCUGGUGCUCGAGUGCAAGAAGGCCAGCAGCAAGGCCGCCGAGGAGGGGCAGCGGGCGGGAGAGCUGAGCCUGAAGCUGGAGAAGGAGAAGGGCCGCGUGAGUGAGCUGGAGGAGCAGCUGGCAGCUGAGAGGAAGCGAGGAUUGCAGACCGAGGCCCAGGUGGAGAAGCAGUUGUCUGAGUUUGACAUCGAAAGAGAACAACUGAGAGCAAAACUGAACCGAGAAGAGAACCGGACCAAAACUCUGAAAGAAGAGAUGGAAAGUUUGAAGAAGAUUGUGAAGGAUCUAGAAGCUUCUCAUCAGCAUAGUAGCUCUAAUGAGCAAUCAAAGAAACCAGUAACCACAUCUAAAGGCACAGUGACUGAGCCUCCCAGGCUAGUGUCUGUAUUCUGCCAAACGGAGGGUUUUCAGGCAGAAAGAACCCAUGGGAGCAACCUAGCCAAGACAACAACCUCUGGGCUUCCCGGUCCCACCACUCCUACUUACUGUUAUGCAAAAGCCAAUGGCCAUUUUGACCCAGAGAUGCAAAUGACCAAGGAGUUGAUUACAGGCAGUAAUGUGGAAAAUCAAGUGCCUCCACGAGAGAAGUCUGUGGGCUUGGCCCAAGAGAAAGCCGUGGAGAAUGGUGGGUGUCCUGGGGGAACCGAUAGUCCAGUCCCAGUGCCGAGUCCACUCCCUUCCAGUGGGAGCUCACUGUCUCCCAGCAGCACUGCGUCCUCCUCUCUCACAUCCUCUCCUUGCUCAUCACCAGUACUAACGAAGCGCUUACUGGGGUCCUCAGCUAGCAGCCCCGGCUACCAGUCUUCCUACCAAGUAGGGAUCAACCAGCGGUUCCAUGCAGCUCGGCACAAAUUUCAGUCCCAAGCAGAUCAGGACCAACAAGCCAGCGGUCUGCAGAGCCCUCCAUCGAGAGAUCUGUCCCCCACCCUCAUAGACAACUCUGCCGCCAAGCAGCUGGCCCGAAAUACGGUCACUCAGGUGCUCUCCAGAUUCACCAGCCAACAAGGGCCCAUCAAGCCUGUCUCGCCCAACAGCUCUCCCUUUGGCACAGACUAUCGAAAUCUGGCCAAUACUGCCAGCCCAAGAGGAGACACCAGCCAUUCACCCACUCCAGGGAAAGUGUCCAGUCCUCUGAGCCCCCUGUCUCCAGGGAUCAAGUCCCCUACCAUCCCCAGAGCAGAGAGAGGAAACCCUCCACCCAUUCCACCAAAAAAACCUGGCCUCACUCCUUCUUCAUCUGCUGCCACUCCACUGACCAAAACUCAUUCCCCAGCAUCCUCUUUGACCACCACAGAAGACCUCACGAGCAGCUGUUCUUCCAAUGUCGUAGCCAAUGGCAAGGAUGUGGAGAUACUUCUGCCUACCAGCAGCUAGUCCUUGGGAGAGGGUCUCCACAUUUGACAUCCCAUCAGAUUUUGCCCAAGAGCUCGGAGGUCAAACCGUUGAGUCAGAUCAUGUUAUUUAUUUUAAUAGUAUCUAAAACCAUCUCUACAAUACAUGUAGUGUAUUUCACUUUUUUAUAUGUUUUUAAGUAGAAACUGAGUAGUUUGGAUUUUUAUGACUCACCUCUUUGUACUAUAAAGCUAGAGGAGCACCUCAAAGACGUCUCAAGCUCAGCAGUUACCAUGGUAUCGUGAUAGAGAAGCUCACUGAGUACCAGGUGGUGACUUGCUGUCUAUUUUGGGACUAGAAUCACUCAACACUCGUUUUGAUUUAUGCAGAAGUGGUUCGUGCAGAUUUUUAUUCCAGAUGAACAUGUUUUAAAAGUGCCUGUCAUAAGACUGCCAUAUGAAUGUGAUUCUGCAGCAAAAACACAAAACGGCUCAUUUAAUUGCAGAAAAUGAGAUCCUCUGUGAAUUCUGAAUGUUAAAAACAAACACUGCUUUUAAUCCUCUUUUACUGUUUUUAAAGUACAAGCUGUAUAAGUAGAGUGGGGAUCCUAAAGGUGGAUGUGAACUCACCACCAAUCAGAACUUUUUAGAGCCCAUGAGAAGCCCUCCUGAGCAUUAAGUAAUGGGGGUGCUAACUUUCUUGUACUUUUGAAAAAUUAAGUCACUCCCAGUUUCCUGCAUAAAUUCUUGCAUAGAAUGAAAUCACAUCUCCAUUCGAAAAAUGUCUUCAAGCAUCUACUGUCGUGUAAGGAACUUCUGAUUCCGAUUGCUAUUACUUGAAUAGGAACUGGUUGCUCAUUCUGUAUAAAAGUUUUGCAACAGAAAGAUCUUUAUUCUGUAAUCAAAAGCAAUAACUUAAAAGUCACUCUUUGUAAUAUUAUAAGUUAGAAUUAUAUAGGUUUUACCAAAUUGUUACACUUAUUCUCCAGGCUGCCAGCACUUGGUGUCUAUAUCUGUGGAACCAAAUUAACUUUUGCCUAAAUGGAGGUAUUCAUAUAUCUGUAUAGAUACACACCCCUUUACGUGUUUAACAACACACGCUUAACACAUAAAUAUUAGUAUGAUUAUAUCUUUGGAGUUUGCAAUAUAGCAUAAGGGAUGAGUAGAAAUGCAUGUUAAGAUUACCUACCAAAGCAACUAGACGGGUCUGGAACCCAGUCAAUCAGAGGAGCAAUCUUGCCCACCAGGAGGUGGGGAAAAUUUCAAAUGAGGUCAGGUCUUCAGAUUCAUAAAAAGGCAGAGCCCAACUAACACCAGCGUCACAAAACUCAACUGGGCAUGUAAAUGAGUGAAACCGGUCACUCAGUCCCGUGGUGUGAGACGGCUGGGAGUAGCAGGAGAUGUGGCAAACUGGAGUGCCCAGGCCCCAUUUGAAAGGUCUGUCCACUCCUGUUCAGUCCAGCUGCUCAUUGCUGUGCAAGAAUGCUGGGCCAGAGUUACCAGCUCCUCAAAUUUUUAUAAAAUCCAAAUUUUCAUGGGAAACAUUCUCAGUUUUAAAUAUUAAGAAUUGGUUCAAAAACGUUUAAACACUGCUGGUUAAACAUGCAGCUGGGUUUAGCCCACACGCUUCCAAGUGGCAGUCUCUUUUGUUCUAGAAAUUUAUGUCACUUUCAUCACAGAAAGUCUGAGGACAAAGCCUUCAGAUUUUCCAACCUGUAGACUAGUAGAGCAAACAAAGUCCAUAGAGUAUAAUGACUAUCUCCCUCUUUAAAACAAGACUCCCUACAACCCAGCUCCGGUGUGGUUCUAUGACUUUGUGUCCACGGGGAUGGAUAUCACGUACAAAGUGUCCAGGGAUGGUAUCCUCACAUACAUCAUGCUAUCAUUUAUGUCUGUUUCCUCUUAAUCCAAUAUGAGUUGAUGGGCAGAUGAUGGAAAUUAAUGUGUAACCCACAGGGGAGCAUAUUGGUAUCUCCACAGCUUAUGGUUUGAUUAAGGCCAAUACUCAACAUUUAAAAACUGUAAAUGCCCCAGGGAGUCUACCAGUGAUGAAGGGAGUAUCUUAAACUGCCCAAAGCAGUCAUGCACUGAACUUUAUUCCCACACAUAGCCAAAUGAUGGUGUUGAUGAUAAAAUAGCUGAACUUUCUAAAUAGAGGGGCUAUAGUCCCAGAGUUUUAUUACCUCUUUUGCUUUAAAUGGUAAUCUUAAAGGUUGCAUUGUGCUCUUCCUUUGUUUUGGCAUAGAUAUAUAUAGAGAGAGAUUAUGAGGAAGUUUAUUUCUUAGGAAGUGCACUGAAUAAUGUAUUUCUUUUACAGUGUAAUAUGGGGGUGGGGAAAUGAAAAAGAAAUGUGUAUUUUUGCUAGUUGCCUAUCUUCUGAGAUAAAUAAGCACAAUACUGCAAUGGAUCCAAUAAUCCAGUUAGGUGUUAUAGAUUAGUAUUUAAGUUUGCCGUAGAUUGUGUGUGCUAAGUAAAAGUUCCAUGAUCCGCAGUUUUGGUAUUUAACUCAUGUUGCAAAAGCUAUGUUACUGGUCAACAGAUUAUAACGAUGUGCAACACAUAACAAAGGCAUUAAAUAGUCAUUAACAUUUGUAAAGCAAAUGCACCAUGCAGAAGUCUUCAUCCAUUUUUAUAGCAGACUGCAUUAAAAGAAGUUAAAUCA